UUUGUGAAAACCUGCCAGCCGUACUUUGCCUACCUGGAGUCCACAGCGAGGAGUGUCCAUUCUGACAGGAAACCUCUUCCCACGUAUAUCCAGAAACGGCUUUUGCAGUUCUCUCAACAGCUGGCCUCCAGUCUGGAGCAGCUGGUUCUAAUGUAUGCAUCCUUUGGGUUCAUCUCGCUGGAGGAGACGGACCCUGCAGGUAAUGGGGAUCCUUUUCUUAAAAUAGCACUUGUGGGCUGCAGACAGAAAGCCACCAUAUUUUGCCUUUCCAGCAUCUCCUACUUCUACAGAGGGGAGUUUCGUCUUGGGCAGUGGUUUCGAGUUUCCAUCUAUCGGUACUGUAUGCCAGUCCCAUACACAGUGGCAAAGGAUCCAAGCCUGCUCUUCAAGAAAAUCCGGUGGAAUGUGGACAUUAGUGAAGGGACAGCCUUUGGUGAUACAACAGAACCAUGUACAGAAUAUUACUUCCUGUGCUACAAGGAGGCAAGUGAAGUGAUGGACAACCACCACGCAGGGUCCAAAAGCACAACUACUGGCAAAAGCAGGAGACUGUGGUCCAUAGGUCGCUGGGUUCAGGUGGAACCAGCCCCAGGAGAACCAGACCUUCUUUGCUGGUUUCUGUACAAGCAACCACGUGGUGAUUACGAACUCCUUGUCACCAUUGGUUUCGAGGAACCAACCCAGAUUGCUGCAACAGACCUCUUAGUGGACAUUCUGAUGAGCCAGAGGGCUGCUAACCUCUCUGGGAAUGGCCUGCUAAAAGCCAAACUGUUCCCUUACCUGCAGGUCCAGAGUCACCAAGAAUCCUCCACAACUUGCCAGGUGGUUUCAGAAGUCCGCUUCAUGCAGCAUGGAUGA